UAAUACUAUCUUCGUAACCCUAUCUACAAAACUCUAAUUGAUUCUUCUCUCAAAUCCUCUGUUCUGUUUCCACGUCAGACACCCCUCGCGAGUUCUGUCUCUCUCUCUCUCUCUCUCUCUCUCUCUCAUGGCUUCCACCGACUCAUCGCUAGGCGACUCACGCCUGCUGAUCGUUUCCAAUCGCCUUCCCAUCACUAUUAGACGAUCUGGGAAUGGCAAGUAUGAAUUUUCGAUGUCUUCCGGUGGACUAGUGACCGGAUUGAGUGGUUUGUCUAAGACAACAACCUUCCAAUGGUACGGAUGGCCAGGAUUGGAAGUACCGGAGGAUGAAGUCCCUUCUGUGAAACAGAGACUCAAAGACGAAUUCGGUGCAACUCCGGUGUUCAUGGAUGACAAACUAGCGGAUCGCCACUACAAUGGCUUCUCCAACUCGAUCCUUUGGCCUCUGUUGCACUAUCAUCCUGGUGAGAUUGUGUUUGAUGAGGGUGCCUGGGAUGCCUACCGUGAGGCAAAUCUUCUAUUCGCCAAGACCAUCGCUAAGGAAGCCCAAGAGGGUGACCUGGUCUGGGUGCAUGAUUAUCAUCUCAUGCUUCUUCCCGAAUUGCUUCAGGAGCAACUUAGUCUCCUGGGAAAGAAGAAUAUUCGGAUUGGAUUUUUCCUUCACACACCAUUCCCCAGUAGUGAAAUCUACAGAAUCCUGCCCGUUAGAGCCGAACUUCUGCGAGGUUUGCUGCAUUGUCACUUAAUCGGCUUCCAUACCUAUGACUACGCGCGUCACUUCUUAAGCAGCUGUGCUCACAUACUCGGAUUGGUGACGACCCCUAGCAGCGUAAAAUACGAAGGCAGGUCUAUCAAUGUUGGGGCUUUCCCCAUUGGAAUCGACCCCGACAAGUUCACUGAAGGCUUGAAGAGCCCGAAGGUGCAAAAUCGCAUCGCGAGUCUGGAGAAUAAAUUUCAGGGAACAAAAUUGAUGGUCAGCGUUGACCGCCUGGAUUACAUUAAGGGCAUCCCUCAGAAGUUACACGCCCUAGAAGUCUUUCUUCAAAACCAUCCAGAAUGGGUUGGUAAGGUCGUCCUGGUUCAGGUGGCUGUCCCAAGUCGUCAGGAUGUCGAAGAAUACCAGAAUUUAAGAGCGGUAGUGAAUGAGCUAGUGGGCCGAAUCAAUGGCAAAUUCGGGACGGUGGACUACAUGCCUAUACAUUUCAUGCACAAGUCGGUGAGCUUCGACGAACUCAUUGCUUUAUAUGCGGCAUCAGAUGCCUGCGUUGUCUCUUCGACUCGCGAUGGAAUGAAUUUGGUAUCCUUCGAGUACAUCGCAACUCAACAGAAGCGCAAAGGCGUUCUCAUCUUGUCUGAAUUUGCCGGUGCUGCCCAGAGCCUCAACGGAAGCAUUGUUGUCAAUCCGUGGAACACCGAGGAGCUAGCAGAGGCGUAUCAUGAGGCAGUUUCAAUUAGCGAAGAACAGCGCGCCGUUCAAUUUGCAAAGCUCUACAAGUACAUCUCAAAAUACACAAGUGCUUUCUGGGGUCAGUCGUUUGUGGCCGAGAUGGCUCAAUGCUCAUCUUGAUAUCCUAAAAUCUAUCUUUCCUUCGUUAUCUUCAGUCUUUCUGGGUACAGUCAAGCGUGACGGUUAUGUUUCUUUUCGUGAUGGCAUAGCAUCGAUUCUAAUACAUAGAUCUAAUGACAUUCUGACGAGGCUUAGCAACAGUUAUGUUUAAUUCAGCU